AUGGUUCUCUUUAAACGUAAGCCAGUGCGGUUCCUGCCGCCGGCAGACAUUCAAGACGAGAAUGCAGAAGUAUGGCACAUUCCCCAGACCGGAGAGAUCUUUGUGAGCUAUGAGGACUAUUUAAGCCGUUCUCUUGUCGCACAGCUUACCGGCGGUCGCGAAGUGGAAGCUUCAUUCCCCGAAGCACUCAAAGGUCCAAUUCUCCGCAAAGUCCAGUUUCAGACCAUUUCUCGCCUGGACCACCUUGUUGAUUUAAUCUUUGACGAAUUCAAGCAUGAUUAUUACCCUGGCGAAGAGGUGAUGGUAACCCUGGAUGGUGGCGAUAAAAUGCAAGGCCUUGUCAGGGACAAGACUACCUUCGGUCCAAGAAUAUUACCUGACGGCUCCCGGACACUACCCGUGACGCGCUACCUCGUCAGUAUCAAUAAUUCUGACAAAGAAACCAUUGUCACCGAUGAGCACAUCUGUCGCAAUCGUGGUGUUUUCACCAAGGCUAUGCUGCGCUCCUUCAUCAAGAAGACGGUUGUUAGAGAAGCUUGGACGGGAGCGCCUUGGCUAGUCAAGCACGACUGUGCUAGCAUGUAUCACAUUGAUACCAGAGUCCCUCCUCAGCUUCGACAUGACACGAAGCUGCUAGAGCGGAAGCAGCUCCAGGCCCAGAAACGGGCCGUCUCGAUUGAUAUUCACGGUGCAUCACACACCGGACCAAUGCGACUACCAGAACUGAAGCCUGCCACGAAGCACCACAAGGGGAAGCAAGGCCAGUCUGGCAUCAAGGGGCUGAAGUGGCCUCUCAACGAGCCUGUCAAUGGCAUCAACGGGUUCAUACGACACGAGCAACCAAGGCCACCGAUACGUGAACCUACCCCGCCGCCGCCGCCGCCGCCGCCCCCUCCACCUACAAAGUAUCCCAUUGAAGACCUAUCACUGCCCCCCAAAGAGGGCAGCGUACGUCCUCGUCUCAAGUUCUUGUGUCAUGAUCCUCCAGUCAAGAUUGAGCCCGAGAUUGACGAAUUUCAGCUCUAUUCCGACAAAAUCAGCAUGGGCACAGUUGGUGCCUUCUUGGAAACCUGGGACACCCUCAAUGUGUACUGCGAGAUUUUUAAGCUCGACUCUUUCACAUUUGACGACUUCGUCGAGGCCAUGUCGGUGGCCUCCGAACAGACUCGUGUUCAGCUUUUCGACGAGAUUCACUGCUCUGUGCUGAAAGUGCUAGUUGACUCGGAGCGCGAAGGAGGUAAAGUUCGCAUCAAUUUGCCGGAACUAGAAGACGAGCGCAGCGACGAAGAAGGCGAGGAUAAGGAUGAGGAUGAAGGAGGCGAAGGAGAGGUAACGACCCCCGAGCCUGAAGAGAAGCCCAAGGGUCGCGCCACUCGCAGCAGUCUCGCCAAACUAGAGGCCGAAAGGUUAGCGGCAGAAGCUGCCGCUGCCGAAAAGGAAGAGAUACGCGCAGAACAAGAAUCUCGCAACCGGGCCGAAGAAUUGAUGAGGGAGUUUGAUUGGAUAGACCAUCUUCGGAGGCGCGAUUUCUCCCAUGGGGGAUGGGAGAGGAUCAUGGUUGGAUUAUUACAUCAGCUGUCCAAAGACGAUCGCUACAAGAGACCCUGUGAGGAACUGCUGGAGCAGCUUGUUGCGGCAGACUCGGACCCUACACAAGAAGCCAUUCGACAGAGUUAUGCCGGGCUGGACGUCAACUAUCGAGUGAAGGCCUUGCAGAUCAUAUGCCUACUUACGAUGCAGACGAAAGCUGUUCGUGGCUACAUGGAAGAUUGCAGCGAAACAAUGACCAAGUACCGCAAGGACAGAAUCGAUUGGCAACGACAGAAGAAGCAAGCUAUCGAAGAUGCUCGCCAACUGCACGAGCAGCGCAGAGAGCUAGUACCCGACCCGAACCCGCAGGAAGAAGCUGGUUUCAAUGUCACCAAGGAAGAAGAAGAUGUCAAGAUGGCCGAUGCUGAUGAAUCCCAGGUCGACAAGGAAGACGUUGGGGAAGGUAACGACGAACCCACCCGACCAAAGGGCAAACGACAGGGUCGUGCACCAGCGGACAAGAGGAAGAAAGAUUCGGAAUCUGAAAAGGAGAGGAAAGAAAAAGAAAAGUCCAAGGAGAGGGAGAAGGAGAAGGAAUCGACGCGUAAAGAGACAGCCAAGCUGACGCCCCAACAGCAGAAGCAGUACAACAAGAUUUUGAAGGAGAUACAGAAAAAGGAGGACAUUAUAAAAGAAUGCGAGGAGGAGGUGGCGAUUAUUGAAAACGAUCUUCGCGAGGCCGACUGCCCGCGGACGAGAGUCUUGGGCAAGGAUCGCUUUUGGAACCGAUACUACUGGUUUGAGAGAAACGGGAUGCCAUAUGGCGGGCUCCCUACAAGCUCGACAGCAGCAGCCGAUUAUGCCAACGGAUGCAUUUGGGUGCAGGGACCAGAUGACAUGGAACGCGAGGGGUACAUUGACGGACCUCCAGACUUUCAAAACGAAUACAAGGCCAAGUUCAAAAUGACGGUGUCGGAGCGCAAGGCCAGAGAGGAGAACGGGACCAGCGUUUUCACGGCCAGGCAGUGGGGUUACAUCUCUGAGCCCGGGGACUUGACUGCGUUGAUUAAAUGGCUAGACCCUCGGGGGUUCAACGAGCUGAAGUUGCGCAAGGAGCUCAUUAACUACAAGGACAAGAUUGCAAAGCAUAUGGAGAGCAGAAAGAAGUAUCUGGCAAAUGACGAAAACAAGGACAAAAAAGACGGGGCUGCGACCAAGAGAAGCAGUUCACGCAUCCGGGAGAAGACGCCCGAGCCGCUGACGUAUCGUUGCUUGCAGUGGGAAAACACCAUGGCACUCGAGGACCUAGGUCACAUCCAUUCAGACCCUCCGCCGCCGCCGAGAGCAAGGAAGCAAACAAAAAAGCGCGAGGCGCAAACCGAGGCGGCGGGUCGAGGUGCAGCCAAGACGCGGCGGCGAGGCUAA